GAAAAGUUUAUGAAGAAGUAGAAGUAUCACAAUAUGAUCCUCACCAACAGUUAUGUCUUACCAGUGUGCUCGUUCUUUUCGGCCGUAUUCUUCGUGACUAUUAUGCACAUUUUCACGUCUAAGUACUGGAAGAAAAGUAAAUUAAGACAAAUCAAAUUUACGGAUUGCCAAUCAGCUGUAAUCGAUGAAGAGUCGGGCACCAGGGUAUCGGUGAGGAAACUCAAGGUUCCAGAUAUUCAUCUGCUUAAAACUCCAGUCGAUUUUUUCAAACUGGGAUUAGAAAAAUCAAGAUGUAAACCUUGUUUUGGAUCUCGUGAGUCAUUAAAUUCACCAGUGAAAUGGAUAACCUACGAAGAAGUGAAUGAAAAAAUUCAAUACUUGGGAUCAGCAAUAUCAAGUCUUUUUGGGACAGAUCCUAAGAAUAAUUUUGUCGGAAUAUAUGGGCGAAAUUCUCCUGAGUGGAUAAUGACACAAUGGGCCAACACUGCAUACUCAUUGGUUACAGUCCCGCUGUACAGUACUUUCGGUGAUGAAGCAAUGGCUCAUGUCUGUCGUGAAACGGAGUUAAGAAUCAUUGUAUGUGACACAGUAUCCCAAGCCUGUCAUUUAUACAAAUUAUUACCGACGUAUGUCGAAACAUUUAUCAUCAUGAAGCCAGAUGACACCUAUGAGAAUGUGAAAAAGGAGCUAUCAGACAAAGUUAAUUUAUUCACAUUCAAAGAAAUGCUGGAAAGAGGACAAUCUCAAUGUUUACCGCUAAAGGUGCCGAAAGAUAAUGAUCUUGUCAUGAUAUGCUAUACCAGUGGAUCAUUGGGUUUACCCAAAGGAGUUAUGAUAACAAGUAAAGCUUAUGUUAAUGCACUAUGGCAGAUAAUCAGUGUUCAAGAAGAAAAUUACUUUCCAAGAGAAGAUGUAUCCCAUUUUUCAUACUUGCCUUUAUCACAUAUAAUGGAACAACUAACAAUAGCCUUCGCUGCAUAUUCCGGUGCUCGGAUUGGAUUCCUAACUGCAGAUAUUCGAUCUUUAUUUGAUGAUCUUAAAACAUACAAACCUACAUUUUUCUGUACUGUACCAAGAAUACUCACUAGAAUUUAUGGUGAUUUUUCUAAAAGGAUGCGUUCAAGGCCUAUAAUUUGGAAAAUCUGUGAGCGUGAAAUAAAAAAAAGAUUAGAUGAACAAAGAGAAGGACUAUAUCGCACAAACGGACUAGUGGACUACUUUUUGUUCCGCGAAUUUCGAGAAAUGCUUGGAGGUCAAGUCAAAACUAUAAUUUCUGCAAGUUCUGCAAUAGAUAGAGAUGUUUUGAGUUUCACUAGAGCUAUUUUCGGUUGUCCUGUUAUUGAAAUAUACGGUUCAACAGAAACCUCUGGCAUUGCUUCAGGGACUAUGUUCGAAGAUGUCGAUGCCAAUCAUGUGGGAGCUAUUGCGCCUGGUAUACAAAUUAAACUAAUAGAUGUACCAGAUAUGGAUAUAUUUGUGUCCAGAGAUGGGAUGGGAGAGAUAUGCGUACGAAGUAAAAGUAACAUGAUUGGAUAUUUCAAAAACGAAGAAAAAACUAAAGAAACUCUUGAUUCAGAUGGAUUCGUUCAUACAGGCGAUGUUGGAAUAUGGACAGAAAAUGGAGCUUUGAAAAUAGUUGAUCGUACGAAAAAUUUGUUCAAAUUAUCUCAAGGUGAAUAUGUAGCACCCGAAAAAGUGGAACAAACGUAUUUAUCUUGUAAUCUCAUUCAACAAGUUUAUGUGGAGGGUCACCAGCUUAGAUCUUAUGCAGUAGCUAUUGCAAAACCAGACUUUAAACAGUUACGCAAGGAAGCAGCAAAUAUUAUUUCUCAUUUAGAAAAAGAAAAAUCUGAUGGAAAAACAGAUCCAGUUGAAUUGGAUAAGAAACAAACAGAGGAAAUAACGAAUGCAGAAUUAUGCACUAAGAAAGAAAUCCGAGUGUAUAUCUUAGACCAGAUGAAUAAAAUAGCACGUGAAAAAGGACUGAAAGGAUUUGAACUGGUACAAAAUAUAUUCCUAACGCCUGAAGCAUUCACGGUAAACAACGGGCUACUAACACCAACUUUAAAACCUGCCAGGGGAAGUCUACGCAAACAUUUUUCAGAUGUUAUUACAAAUUUGUAUGAAGAAAAAGAGAAAGGUUUUUGACUCUUAAAUUCAUACAAAUGAAACUGAAUUUCACCUAAUAAAAGAAUAUUUUACGUUAUACAACUUUCUACUACUUUCAGAAUAUCUUUUUAGUCUUCGAUUUAUUUGUUGUUAUUUUUUAAAUCGACUUUGCUAUACUAUUUGAUUUCCACUUCACAACCAAUGUUAAUUAGC